AUUCUACCUCACCCCUUCAAGCUUUCUUAAACACAAUCCUCAAGCUCUCUCUCUCUCUCUCUCUUGCCUUGAGAUUCCGCCGAAGAAGAAUUUGAACUUCCAUCGUCCAAAUGGCUUUUCUGAUCACUGUUUUCACUCUAUUCUCUCUUUUCUUUGUUUUUGAAGUUUAUGCGGUGCCCUAUGAUUACUCAUACACACUUGGGUGUGUGGCGAAGCCCAAGCCGCCGCAAUACUAUGGAGGAAUCGCCGUGAAUUCAGAAUUCAACGAUGAACUUACGGGAUGGGCGGCAGUUGGAAACGCUACAAUAGCUACUGCCAAGUCGGCGUGCGGCAAUAGCUACGCAGUCGUUUCCAACAUUCACACGCCACGCUCCGACGGCCUUUCUCAGGCUUUCAACGUUGACAGAGACAUACUGUACACCGUUUCAGCAUGGUUCCAAGUUAGCGUGGGAGAAGUUGCGGUGCAAGUUAAGAUAGUAACGAGCACCGGCAACCAAACCGCUAAUUGGAUUGUGGCAAAAGCCGGUUGCUGGACCAUGCUCAAAGGUGGCUUCCAUGUCAACGUUACUGAAGCAGCCGAGCUCCAUUUUGAGACCAACUCCACAGGAUCUGAUAUGUGGGUUGAUAGCGUCUCGGUGCAGCCGUUCACGCAAGAAGAGUGGACUUGCCACCAGGCUCACAGCCUUGAAAAGGUGCGCAAGGGGAAAGUGAGAUUUGAAGUUGUUGAUCCAUUGGAAAAUCCAGUGGCUGACGCGGCUGUGUUGAUCAAACAACACGAGCCGCAUUUCCCCUUUGGCUGCAACAUGAACCGGUUGAUCCUGGACAACCAAGAAUACCAGAGAUGGUUCUUGGAGAAACGGUUCAAAUAUUCCGCUUUUGAAAACGAGCUCAAAUGGCAGUUCACCGAAAUCACCCCGGGGGUGGUGAACUACACGGUCCCGGAUGCGAUGCUGAAGUUUGCGAAAAAGCACCAUAUCACGCUCCGGGGCCACAAUAUACUGUGGGAAGACAACCAGUUCCAGGCACAGUGGCAGAAAACACUGUCGCCGGAGGAGCUGCGCGAGGCAGUCCUCAAGCGAGUCAAGUCGGUGGUGACUAAGUACAAGGGGCAGUUCAUCCACUGGGAUGUUAUCAACGAGAAUAUGCACUACGUCUUGUACAGCAAUGUCACCAACAACGGGACCGACGUCUUCAGACUCCUCCGGCAGCUGGACCCUCAUCCCAUCCCCUUCCUCAAUGAAUUCAAUGUCAUUGAGGAUUGCAGCAUCCAGUCCAAAGCCAACCCGUGGCAAUAUCUGCAGAAGAUCGACCAGCUCAGAGAAGGAGGCUACGGCGGUCCUCUAGGGAUUGGCCUCCAAGGCCAUUUCAUACUUGAGCCAAACUACCCCUUCAUCAGGGCGUCGAUUGAUAUGCUUCAUGCCACCGGAUUGCGCAUCUGGAUCACGGAGUUUGAUGUCAACACCCAACAAAAUGCGUGGAUGGUUAAAUAUGUGGAGCCGCUGCUGCGCGAGCUUCACUCGCAUCCAUAUGUGAACGGCAUUAUAAUGUGGGCGGCAGUGUGGCCCAAUAUCUCAUGCUUCAGGAUGUGCUUGACCGACAACGACUACAACAACUUGCCGGCCGGCGACGCCGUCGACAAGUUCAUGAGCGAGUUCAUCAGGGUGCCGGAUGCUAACGGGAAAACCGACCGCAGUGGAGCCUUUGAAGCUUCGCUCUUCCACGGCGAAUAUGAGGCCAGCAUCACUCUCCCCGACGGCUCUCAACCUCCCGCUCCACAGACGUUUAAUCUUAAGCCUCGCAGAGACGUGUCCGUUGUUAGGUUCAAGACUCCUUCAUGAGAAUCUAUGUUACUUUGUUGUAAAUGGACGCUGUAGCAUCUUAAUCAAAUUCCACUAUCUCAAUUUCAUGGCCUUAUUUACUUA